AUGGGGAUCUCCACGGUCAUCCUUGAACUAUGUCUUUUACUGGGUCAAGUUCUAUCUACAGAACCCAGCGUGGUACUUUGCACCACCAAGAACCUGAUGGAAGACUUGGCUCACCCUGGCCGGGAUGGAGCCAACGAGGGCUCCAGGCACAACCAGGCUCUCAGGUGGAAGUGGGUGUGGCUAGGACCUCUCAUUUGGCCUUGUUUCUUUGUACUUUCAGCAACAGCAGUGACAACAGCAGACCCGGCAGAAACUUGGAGGAUAACUGAAUUUUCAACAAAUGCUGGAAACUCUGCCCCAGUUAGUGCUUCAAAUGAUUUGGCCCUGAGGCUAGUGAAUGGAAGUGACCGGUGUCAGGGCCGGGUAGAGGUCCUGUACCAAGGCGCCUGGGGCACUGUGUGUGAUGACUUCUGGGACACCAAUGACGGCACUGUGGUCUGUAGGCAGCUGGGCUGUGGCUGGGCCGUGUCAGCCCCAGGAAAUGCCCGCUUCGGCGUGGGCUCAGGGUCUAUUGUCCUGGAUGAUGUGCGCUGCUCAGGAUAUGAGUCCCACCUGUGGAACUGCCCCCACAACGGCUGGCUGUCCCAUAACUGCGGACACAAUGAGGACGCCAGUGUCAUCUGCUCAGGUUUGCCACUGAGGCUGGUGAAUGGAGGUGACCGGUGUCAGGGCCGAGUGGAGGUCCUGUACCAAGGCUACUGGGGCACCGUGUGUGAUGACAGCUGGGACACCCGGGACGCAGAUGUCGUCUGUCGGCAGCUCAGCUGUGGCCAUUCCGUGUCGGCCCUGGGCGGGGCCCACUUUGGACAGGGCUCGGGCAACAUCCUCUUGGGUGCUGUGGACUGCUUCGGAUGGGAGCCCUACCUGUCUCGCUGUCCCCACAGUGGAUGGUACAACCACGAAUGUGGCCACAGGGAAGAUGCUGGUGUCGUGUGCUCAGGACCUGAUUCAAGUUUGGCCCUGGGGCUGGUGAAUGGAGGUGACUAGUGCAGGACCCAUACUGACACUAGUGCCCAUAGGAGCACUAUGUGUGAUGACCACUGGGAUGCCAAUCAUGCCAAUGUGGUCUUGAGAUGUGGCUGAGCCACUUUGGCCCCAGGAAAUGCCCAGUUGGGCCAGAGCUCAGGGCCAAUUGUCCUGGACAGUUAUGUCCUCUUUCCCUCAGGUACUGAGGCCACAUUGCCAGCAAUCACAGGUUGGCAGCACCCAACGACUGUGAUCUCUGGAUCUGGUUCCCCCUUGGCCCUAAGGCUGGUGAAUGGAGUUGACCGCUGUCAGGGCCGGGUGGAGGUCCUGUACCAAGGCUCCUGGGGCACCGUGUGUGACGACAGUUGGGAUACCAACGAUGCCAAUGUGGUCUGCAGGCAGCUGGGUUGCGGUUGGGCCACAUCAGCUCCAGGAAGUGCCUGGUUCGGCCAGGGCUCAGGGCCGAUUGUGCUGGAUGAUGUGGCCUGCUCAGGGCAUGAGUCCUACCUGUGGAGCUGCCGCCACAGUGGCUGGCUGUCCCAUAACUGUGGACAUAGUGAGGAUGCUGGUGUCAUCUGCUCAGGAGACACAGCAGAGACUGAGUUUUCCUGUUUCUCUGGAGGCUCUGAUUCUGGGUUGGCUCUGAGACUGGUAAAUGCAAGUGACCACUAAGGCCGGGUGGAGGUCCUGUACCGAGGCUCCUGGGGCACCGUGUGUGACGAUGGCUGGGAUACCAACGAUGCCAAUGUGGUCUGCAGGCAGCUGUGCUGUGGGUGGGCUAGGUCAGCCCCAGGAAAUGCCUGCUUUGGCCAGGGCUCAGGGCUCAUUGUGCUGGACGACGUGGCCUGCUCAGGGCACGAGUCUUACCUGUGGAGCUACCGCCACAACGGCUGGCUGUUGCAUAACUGUGGACACAGUGAGGACGCUAGUGUCAUCUGCUCAGGAGACACAGCAGAGACUGAGUUUUCCUGUUUUUCUCCAGGCUCUGACUCUGGGUUGGCUCUGAGGCUGGUGAACGGAGGUGACCACUGUCAAGGCCGUGUGGAGGUCCUGUACCGAGGCUCCUGGGGCACCGUGUGUGACGACGGCUGGGACACCAAUGAUGCCAACGUGGUCUGCAGGCAGCUGGGCUGUGGUUGGGCUAGUUCAGCCCCAGGAAAUGCCCGCUUCGGCCAGGGCUCAGGGCCCAUUGUGCUGGACAAUGUGGCCUGCUCAGGGCACGAGUCUAACCUGUGGAGCUGCCGCCACAACGGCUGGCUGUCGCAUAACUGUGGACACAGUGAGGAUGCUGGUGUCAUCUGCGCAGCUUCCCAGGCCCAGUCCACGCCCAUGCCAGAUUGGUGGCAGACAACACCUCCUGUCACUGGCUCUGACUCUGGGUUGGCUCUGAGGCUGGUGAACGGAGGUGACCACUGUCAAGGCCGGGUGGAGAUUCUGUACCGAGGCUCCUGGGGCACCGUGUGUGACGACGGCUGGGACACCAAUGAUGCCAACGUGGUCUGCAGGCAGCUGGGCUGUGGGCGGGCUAGGUCAGCCCUAGGAAAUGCCCACUUCGGCCAGGGCUCAGGGCCCAUUGUGCUGGACAAUGUGGCCUGCUCAGGGCAUGAGUCCUAUCUGUGGAGCUGCCACCACAACGGCUGGCUGUCGCAUAACUGUGGACACAGUGAGGACGCUGGAGUCAUCUGCUCAGGUGGGCCUGCAAGACAUUGGGCUUCUAGUUGGCCGUACCCAAUAACUACAACCACUGCGAGACCAUCUUUAAACUGCGGUGGCUUCUUAUUCAAUGACAGCGGGACGUUCUCCAGCCCAUCCUACCCGGGGUACUACCCCAACAAUGCUAAGUGUGUCUGGGAAAUAGAAGUGCGUUCUGGUUAUCGCAUCAACCUGGGCUUCAAAAAUCUGCAGUUGGAGCCCCACAGCAGUUGCAAUUUUGAUUAUGUUGAGAUCUUUGAUGGACCAUCGAAUAGGAGUAAUGUACUGGGGAAGAUCUGUAAUAACACCUCAGAAAUAUUCACAUCUUCUUCCAAUCGAAUGACCAUUCAAUUUCGGAGUGACAUCAGUUUCCAAAACAUCGGGUUUCUAGCUUGGUAUAACUCCUUCCCAAGAGACGCCAGCUUGAGAUUGGUCAAUGGAAACUCCUCCUAUGAUGGAUGCUCUGGGCGUGUGGAAAUUUACCACAGUGGCAGGUGGGGGACCGUUUGUGAUGACACCUGGACCAUUCAGAACGCCCAGGUGGUGUGCAGACAGCUGCAGUGUGGCUACGCGGUCUCUGCCCUGGGAAAUGCCUUUUUUGGCUCUGGCUCUGGCCCCAUCACUCUGGAUGAUGUCGUGUGCUCCGGGACAGAAUCCACCCUCUGGCAGUGCCGGAACCGAGGCUGGUUCUCCCAUAACUGUGGCCACCAUGAAGAUGCUAGUGUCAUCUGCUCAGGUCUUUUCUUUUCUUCACCAGCUCCAGUUGCCAACAUCACGCACCCGAAUACAAAUUAUUCCUGUGGAGGCUUCCUGUCUCAACCAUCAGGGACGUUUUCCAGCCCAUUCUAUCCUGGGAACUAUCCGAACAAUGCCAGAUGUGUGUGGGACAUUGAGGUCAGAAAUAACUACCGUGUGACUGUGGUCUUCAGCAACGUCCAGCUGGAAGGCGGCUGCAGCUAUGAUUACAUCGAGGUGUUCGAUGGUCCCUCCCAUAGCUUUCCACUCAUUGCUCGGGUUUGCGAUGGGGCCAGCGGCUCCUUCACAUCAUCGUCCAAUUUCAUGUCAAUUCGCUUCAUCAGUGAUGGCAGCAUCACAAGGAGAGGGUUCCUGGCUGAGUACUACUCCAGCCCUUCCAACGACAGCACCAGCCUGCUUUGUCUGCCAAAUCACAUGCAAGCCAGCGUGAGCAGGCUCUACCUCCAGUCCCUGGGCUAUUCUGCCAGGGACCUGGUCAUUUCCAACUGGAAUGGGAGCUACAGCUGUCAGCCCCAGAUCACGCCGAGCCAGGUCAUAUUCAGAAUCCCCUACUCAGGCUGCGGCACCAUCAAGCAGGUAGAAAAUGACACCAUCAACUAUUCCAACCUCCUGAAAGCAGUUGUGUCCAGUGGCAUCAUCACAAGGAAGAAGGACCUCCACAUCCACGUCAGCUGCAAGAUGCUCCAGGACACCUGGGUCAACACCAUGUACAUCACCAACGACACCGUCGAGGUGCAGGAAGUCCAGUAUGGCAACUUCGACGUGAAUAUCUCCUUUUACACGUCCUCCUCGUUCCUGUAUCCUGUGACCAGCAGCCCGUACUAUGUGGACCUGGACCAGAAUCUGUACCUCCAGGCUGAAAUCCUCCAUUCCGAUGCCUCCCUGGCCUUGUUUGUGGACACCUGUGUGGCGUCCCCUCACCCCAGUGACUUCACAUCUCUGACUUAUGAUCUACUCCGCAGUGGGUGCGUGAAGGAUGAGACCUACCGGUCCUACCCCCAGCCGUCUUCCCGUGUCGCCCGCUUCAAGUUCAACGCCUUCCACUUCCUGAACCGCUUCCCCUCUGUGUACCUGCAGUGUAGAGUGGUGGUGUGUAGGGCCUAUGACUACUCCUCCCGCUGCUACAGAGGCUGCGUGGUGAGGUCCAAGAGGGAUGUGGGCUCCUACCAGGAGAAGGUGGACGUUGUCCUGGGACCCAUCCAGCUGCAGACGCACCAAGUGAAGAAGAGGAGCCUGGGCAAGGGGUCACCCUCGGACCCUGCUGCCCACAACGGCACAGGUCCAUAACUCUUGUGGACUUGAAAUGUUUCUGUUGGUGUCACGUUCCAACUCAAAUUGAGCACCUACUGUGUACUAGGCACCCUGCAUGCUAUAUCUAACCAUACAAGUUGAAGCACCCAGUUCCUGCCUCCAUGCAAGGCUGUGGUAUCGGGCGUGGUCAACAUAGAUCUGCCUGGGUGGCUGUCAGCCUGACACCUUUAUCCUUUGGGGUCUGAACUCAUUUAUUAAAUGAAACUGUGAAUACUUGUCUCUCAGGACUGUUGAGAGGGUUCCAUAAAAUGAUGCUGA